GCCUGACAUCGUCGAAAAAUUAUCAAACCUCAGCUUGUUCCAUUCGAAUGAACACAUAGUGAUUUCGGUGGUGUUUUAAAUAAAAAGAAUAUUUAUAAAAAAAUUAAAUAAAUUAAAUACACAAAAAUAUACAAAAUGAAAUUCUUUGUUGCUACAACUUGUGUGCUUUUAUUAGCUUCCGGCAUCCUUGCCAAUCCCGCUGCCACUAAGGAUAACAGUGGCGAACAAACAAGUGCCUUUGCCCACUGCUUGGAAUCUGACUCAAUUUCGUGUUUACAAUUAACGCUCUUCCGUAAAGCCAAAUCCAUCUUCGAAAAUCCCCAAAUUGAAUUGUUCGGUGGUGUCUCUUUGAUCAAGGCUAAUGAAGGUCGUCAAGGUAAAUCUUUGGAUGAAAGCGCUCGUGCCGUUGAAGCUGCUCCCAGCAUUGAGGCCCGCAACUCUGAAAUCGGCAACUAUAUGUUGACCAAUGCCAAGAACUUCUUCGCUGAACGCUCAUUGAACUUCAACUUUGCCAAUGCUGCCCGCUCUGUUGCCCGUGCCAUUCCCGAUGACAUCAAGGCUGAUUUGCGUGAAUUGGUUGUUGAAUCCCGUACCAAGAAGAAGAAGUUGAUCAAGAAAUUCUUGCCAAUCUUGUUGGGUGUCGGUGCUAAGGUUGCUGUCUUGGCUGUUGGUGCCAUCUUCGGUUUGUUGUUCUUGGCCAAGAAGGCUCUCGUUGUCUCCGUCAUUGCCUUCUUCUUGGCCUUGGCUGCCGGUGCUAGCAGUGGUUUGAGCCGUAUCGGUGGUGGAUCCGGUGGUCUUUUGGGCGGUCUCGGUGGUUUGUUCGGUGGCAAGAGCUCUGGUGCUGCUACCGCUGGUGCUAGCUCUGGUGGUUGGUCCUCCGGCGGUGGUGCUCCUACCGGUGGUUGGUCUUCUGGCAGCAGCUCCGGCUGGGAUUCCCACGGUGCCUACAGCUCUCCCGUUGCCCAAACUAUUGCUUACUCCGGCUACAAACAAGCCAGACGAUAAGCUUUUUAAGAAACUUAUGUUUCUUUUAGGGUAAUAAUUAUUAUAUUUCGAACAAAUUGAAAAAAAGCAACAAAUCUAGGAACUUUAACGAAAAUUUUUAAAAACACAGAACGAAAUAAUUUAUUUAAUUAUUAUAAUUUAUUUUUAUUUAUUUAAUUUAUUAUUAUUUUAAUUUAUUGCAAGAAAACAAAACAACAAAAAAAACUUUAAAAAGUGCCUUAAAAACAAAAUAUGAGAAUUUGUUGAAACGUACAAUGAAUCUUUUGUUGGGUUUUCAAGUUGAAAAUCUUUUACAAAACCAUAUUUCCAAAAUGAUUUGAAAUUCUCAAACACAAUUAUGUUAGAUUAAGCUUAAAAGUUUGAACAUAAUUGGAACAACUUUUCUUUAAAAAAUCUUUAAAUUUUUUAUUAAAAUUAAUCAUUUCUUUAAUUUACAGCUGAAGAAACUAAUUCACAAAAUGCAUGAAUACUAGUCAAGCAUAAUGUGUAUUGAAAAUCUUAAAUCAUACUCCUACACUAAUUCUAUCCUAAACUAUCACUUUCUUUCUUUCUAUUUGCAAUAAUUAACUUACUAUCUCUUUAUCUAUUUAUCUUUCUUUUUCUCUAUCUAUCUGUCUAUCUUUUAUACUGUAUACUUUAACUCUUUAUCUAUUCUAUUGCCAUUUCUUUAAAUUUUACUCUUUAUUUCUAUUGCUCUACC